CCCGUGUAUACGUCUACUGCUUCGCCAGACCAGAGGGAGCAAGAUCAUACGUGAAAAAGCAUACUUUGGAACACUCAGCUGAAUGUACUGCAUUGUUCGGGUUGCUUGUGGGUAGCCUUUCCUCAAGAUUCAAAAGCUUGGUGGCUUGGUCGUGGUUAUCCUCGAACACCUAUCAGUACAAUCUUUUAACCACACCUUCUCGAGUACGUGCGUUAUCAGUCAAUUACAAAUCAGCCAGACGUGCUUUUGUGACAUAUACACGCCUGGCUUCAGCUCUAUGCCAACUGGAGGGCCGUAGAUCAUUUCAUUGCAUCUUACAGCCCAAAUUUGGUACACUGAAGGUAGUUCCGGCAUAACAAGAUACUUGCGUUCCUAUUCUUAUACCUCUUCUCACUGCUAGACAAGCAACAGGUUAAGGUAGUGAAUCGUUCAAAGGGCGAUGAGUUUUCCAAGCUAUAUAGUUACGAUGUUAGCUGAAUCGAGAACUACCACUGUCGGCCUGGAGCGGGCUAUCACUGUUUUCGAAAGUUUGCGCUUGCUCCUACGACGGUCAAGACGUACUGGGGUCAAAAAGAUGGUCUAGUCAUAUUACUUCCAGACAUCUCGAGAAAAUUUGACGUGCUAAUCCCUGGUACCUCAGCAGCUAAGAACGAUGAUUAGUUGGCAGCUUAGUUCUUCGUUUGUUUUAUCUCUUACCCAAUUGGAGCAUCAUAAGACAUCACCCCUCUCAUUCACUCAUUCACCGCCCCCUCCUCUCCCGCCGACCCCUUCACAGACAGUGUUACCCUCGCUUAUCCCAUGUGUUAUUCAAAAGAGCAGGGAUUCUACGGGACAUAUAAACUCUCACACUUCGACCAUAACUGACUUGCCCUUACCUCGACUAAAUACACAUCAACUCGCUCUUAACAACCCACCAACAUUAUACGCUUCCCCAACUAUCAACCACUCAUCAACACUUUACACUUCUCCAACUACCAACAACUUCAAGAUGGGUAGUCACUCCUCCAAGCCCGGUCCUCCGCCUUAUCAGCAGUUCUGCGAGGGCCCAAUCAUGAUGCCCAACUGCCACUACGGCCCAGGAGGCCCAGGACGCGCACUCAAGAAGAUGGUCGUUCGCGAUCUCAACAUCGACCCUCAGGCCGGUCUCUUCGCCUGCACCAUCAUCUUCGGCGCCGUCCUCGUCGCCAUCGUCGUCGCGUUCUCGGUCUUGUUGCGUCGUCGUCGCAAGAUGCAGCGCAAUGAAGACCGCGUUCGCGAUCUGGAGAAUCUUACCAAGGGCGCUCAGCUUCACUGA